UACAGUCGGUUUGUGUUUGAUUCUUUUCCAACGUGAAAUAACCGUUAAAUGUUUUGGCGCGCGGCUCCGGCUCCGGUUCUGUUCACUGUAAGUUUCCAGCGAGUUCGGACGUUAACGGACGGCCGGUGUCGGACGGUGACGACCGCGGAUGAAAACCGAAGAUGUGCGAGUGUGAACCCGGAGCGGCGGCGUGUGUGAACCGCUACAUGCUACGUGGACGGUAACGGUUAACGUGAAGGCGGCUGUUAGGUAACGGAGAAGGAGAGAGAGAGAGAGAGAGAGAGAGAGAGAGAGAGAGAGAGAGAGAGAGAGAGAGAGACAUGGGUUCAGAUCAAACCGGAUUUUAACUUGGCGUUUUACCGAGCAGAUGUUCAGAAGCUGUGGAACCGAACCGCCGGAGGUUUGUGUGCUGAACGUUAGCGGAGCGUUAGCGUUAGCCGGAGGACGGACUCGCUCUCCGUCAGCUCUUGGACGUGAGAGACGAUGGAGGAGUGAGAGACGCUGGAAACGACGCGACGCUGCUGCUCCCGUGUUCGCCUGAGGGCUCCGAGUCCGCCGCUGUCUCCGUCGCUAAUAACCGGACUGAAAACCGGCAGCUGAAGUCGGUGAAGAUGAUGUAUUCAUCGAGGAGGAAGCCGGUCCUGUACUUCAAGGAGGAGAGGAGGUUCCUGACGGGUAAAUGUACGAUCUACAAGCUGUUCGGCCUCUGCAUGGUGCUGGUGCUGGUCUCUCUGCUCUGGCUGCAGCUCAGCUGUUCAGGUGAGAUGUCCUCCUCCAUGCAUGAAGACGGACGCCUCCCCCAGCAGCAGCAGCAGCAGCCCUGCCCCGUCGACAGCCAGGCGUCUGCAGCGGACAACCCUUCCUGGGGUCCUCACAAACUGGCCCUCAUCAUCCCCUUCAGAGAGCGCUUCGAGGAGCUGCUGGUGUUCGUUCCCUUCAUGCACACGUUCCUCAACAAGAAGAAGAUCCGCCACAAGAUCCUCAUCGUCAACCAGGUGGAUCACUACAGGUUUAAUCGAGCGUCUCUUAUCAACGUGGGUUACCUGGAGAGCGGGAACGACACAGACUACCUGGCAAUGCACGACGUGGACCUGCUGCCCAUGAAUGAGGCUCUGGACUACGGUUUCCCCGAGGACGGACCUUUCCAUGUGGCCUCGCCUGAGCUGCACCCGCUCUACCACUACAAGACCUACGUCGGAGGAAUCCUGCUGCUCACCAAGAAACAUUACCACAUGUGUAAUGGGAUGUCAAACCGGUUCUGGGGCUGGGGCAGAGAGGACGACGAGUUCUACCGAAGACUGAGAAAAGCUGAACUACAGCUGUUCAGACCGAAUGACAUCACCACAGGAUAUAAAACCUUCCUCCACAUCCACGACCCGGCCUGGAGGAAGAGAGACCAGAAGAGAGUCGCAGCUCAGAAACAGGAGCAGUUUAAGGUGGAUCCUGAGGGGGGCCUGACUAACCUCCGUUACCAGGUGGAGUCCAGACAGGAACUGACCAUCAGCGGGGCUCCCUGCACCGUCAUCAACACCAAACUGGAGUGCGACCAGAGCCAGACGCCCUGGUGUCUUCUGGCAUAGACUACUGGGCUCAGGACCCGUGUCAGUUUGAGUCUGACCGGAGUCCAAGUCCUGUUUGUUCUCCCGGAGCCGUUUCAGGUUUUUAAGUAGCGGUGCGACACAGAUCUUUGUGGGAGGCACUGGUCAUGGUUCUAAUGGUACUGAUGGAUCUGCAGCUGGAAAAUCCCUCAGUGAAACCAAACGUCAGCAGAUGCUCGACUGGUACAAACAGACUCGUUGAACAUUGACUCAGAAUAUAACCAGCCUGGAAUCUAACGUCCCCGAGGAUUAAACAAAAAAACAUUUCCAUUUUAUCAGGUUCAUCUCAACAACACAGCUUCUGCUGGAAGUGUUCUCUCACCAGGAACAGCUCCUGUGUCACUGAGCUGACCUGAGACCUGUUUGGUGUCUGACCUCAAAGGUCGGUACGGUGGAUGGAGAUGGACCGUUACACGGCUGAGCCAAACCACACAGAGCUGACUUCAAACAGGCGAGCGUGACCAAACCUGAGCUCUCUGAGUCCUUUUCUCUUGCCUUGGUUCUGGUACCUGCUGGCAUCGUGUGAAUGCAAACUUUAAGUCUAUGUUUUUUACUCUGGGCUUGUGCAAAUGGAGCAGAGAUGGCGGAGGGGACGGCUGCCAACAACGCAUGUUUCACCAGAUAUCACAUACAUCUGCCCAGUAUGCAUCAUCAGAACAUCAGAGGGUUUCUUUUAGGUUUUUAUCCAUGUUGAAGGAAAAAAAGAUCAAAUAUAAAAUUAGUCAGUGCUUGAGCUUGGGUUUCCUCAAAAACAAAUCUGACUGCUAACCUCAGAAGUAUCUCACUGUUUUUGAUUUUCCACACUUUAAACAAAGAGUGGCGUCUGAAGUUUGGCUCAAACUUUUCUAAUCUGACGGGGAAAGCAGGAAGCGUUUGGAUUUUUUUAUUUUUUCCAGUAUAUUCCUUUUUAAUGGAGGCUCACUGAAUUUGCAAAAGAAAAAAACAGUGACUAUAUUUUUAAACUUAAUGUGUCUCACAAUCACAACUUGGUCUCUAAUAAUUAAAACUCCAUGGUGAGAUUUGGAUUUCGUAGUCAUGAGAGAGACAAAGAGAAAAUAUCUCCUAGUUUCUUUUCAGGAUGCAUCGAGUUGCUUCAAAGUAAACUGAGCCAAACUAGGCUGAACUGAACUGUGGCGGCAGCAGGAAGUUCACACACACACACACACAGUACCAUUAACACGAACAUUAACGAUUUAGUUUAGUCUCACCAGAGUUUUCAAAAUAAAAUAAAUUCUCAGAUGUAUUUUUAUAGGCGAGGUGAGUAAAUGAUUCCAGAAACGCAGGCCAGGUUUAUUAGAGUUAGACAUAGAAUUGGCUUUGCAUCAAAGUAUUGAUCCAAAGAUCCAGAAAAUGUUUUUAAAAUUUAAAUAUUUCAUUUUCCCUUUUCUGACUUUGUCUCUGUUUAAUCACAAAAACCUAAUGAAAAAUUAAGGCAAAAAUUUGAGGUCACUUUGAUAUUAACUAUCAUGAUAAUGUCAUUGCAGUUUUUUUUAAAGAUUGAUUCCCAUGUGAAAGCUUCCUGAAGGGAAAAAGGUUAAAAAGGACUUUGUUACCGUGAACGUCCUUUGUUAAUGGGAAGCUGAUGAGGGAUCUCCAGACAAAAACACAGUGAAAUAAACCUCGAGUGCAGAAACCUGUCAGUUUGUCUGAACUUUGAAUAUGAAUGGUUCUCUGUUACAGUCUGUUACUUUAAUAAUCAGAGGCUGCUAACGCUUGUUUUCUGUUGUAAUGUACUGCUCGGCCUCAAGGGAGUGCUGCAGCGUUUUAAAGGCAGUGGGUUUAGAUGAAUAGUCUCUACAUGCACAGACCGUGAUGUCAUACUGGUUUUAUUUUCCAGAGACAGUUGUGCCAUGUAUUUGUACGACAUUCAGUAUUUAUAUAAAUCUGACU